AGCAAUCUGACAAACUCUUCCAUAUCACUAAAUGACAACUGGAAGGUCGGAAGACUGCAGUUUGACGACCACUCACAAAGCUGUAAAAGGUUCUUCUGGCAUGCGAUCAAGGUUCCUUCUAAAGGAAAAUGACAAGUAAGUCAGUGACCAGUAAUGUGACCAAUAAAAAUGACCCCAAGUCCAUCAACUCCAGAGUCUUCAUUGGUAACCUAAACACAGCCGUUGUGAAGAAAGCAGAUGUGGAGGCCAUCUUUGGGAAGUACGGCAAGAUAGUUGGGUGCUCUGUGCACAAAGGAUACGCUUUUGUGCAGUACGUGUUCGAGCGGAAUGCCAGAGCAGCCGUGGCAGGGGAGCACAACAGGAUAGUGGCUGGGCAGCCAUUGGACUGCUUCCCACCACGCAUCCGCCUCCAGCCAGGGGGCAGAGAUGCUCUGGACUGGCGGCACCUCUAUCGUCUUCAGUGCCACUCCGCAAUCAGCUGGCGGGACCUGCGGCUUGAGCAGGAUAUAAACAUGGCCGGGGAGCCCAAACCAUAUCGACCCAAAGCAGGACAGAAACGACCCGUCAGCGCAUUGUAUGGAAGUGGCUACGAGUUUGACUACGACUAUUACAGAGACGGUUUCUAUGACAGGAUGUAUGACUACCACAGAGUCCCCCCACCAAGUCGGGCAGUGCCUACGGUCAAACGCCAGCGCGUCAUGGUUCCCGUACCCCGCAGAAGCAAAAGUAGCUUCCCUGCCAAGAGUGGCCCACGGGGAAUGACUGUUCCCUCUCCAACGUCUGGCGCCAAAUUGAAAGCCGAUGAUCUACAGACAAUAAAGAAGGAACUCACCCAGAUAAAGUAUCACAUCGACGGCUUACUGGACAGCUUGGAGCGGAUGGAGAAACAGCGCAAAGCUCCGACUGAGCCCAAGGCUGAGGUCGCUGCAACGCCAAACCGUAGCUCUGGUGAGGAGACGGCAGACAUUGCAGACGAUGCCACAGCUGAUGAGCAGACAGAGGGGGAGACACUGGAUGGCGGGGAACUGGAAGGAGAUGAGAUCCUUGAGGAGGGUGAGGGCGUGGAGGAUGAUUUCGACGAGGAAGGCACAGAUGACCUGAUGAAUAACCACACUCCGAAAACACCCGAUACACAGUAGAAACAGCCCUUGUGAGCUGCAGGGCUCAGUGAAUAACUGAUGGCAGAGACACCAGACAACAGACAAGAUAAGGAGUGAAGAGGCAGCUGUAGCUUUCAUCGACUCAACACCCGGCAGAGUUUGGGAUCCCUCUGGACAGUUUGGUGUCUAGUCACCUUUGUCUUCGGUGUGUACAAUGCCUUUUGCUGACAACUCUGUCACCUCGCUUUUUGGAUCUCACCUGUGCUUGGGACGACUGACCUCCCACUUGUAUUAUAGCUGUAAAUUAUUUUCCCAUUCCUUGUGGGUUUUUUUCAAUAACAUUUGUUCCCAGUUGUUAAGAUUCUGGGGACGUUUUCAGAAGUUGGUGUGAAGAGUGAAUGUAAUGCUUUUAGAAAAACUGGACGUUUUUAACUGUCUUGUUUUUGUUUACCUUUGAGCAACAUCUUCUCCGUGUGUUCAGUGCUGACGUACAAAACAGGAAAGUCUUUAGUAACACGAACCUAGAGUCUGGUCUGUCAUUUAAGAGCAGCACUGAGAGAGUGCUGCCUUGUCAAAGGUGCUGUUCUGUUUUCAGACUAGAUGAUAACCCCCAAGGUUUGCCUGCCCAGUCAGUGAGAAAUAUGCCAAAUCCUGUGGAACAACUGGAUUGGCUGUAGGAAGGAGGUCACCCUAGUUUCCUACUCAAUGUUUAACCCUCAACUGAUCUCAUUUAAUGGAUAAAGGUGAAAGAGAUGCUGGAAUUUGGAGCAACAAACAACAGAAUAUGGAAUAUAGAACAAUACAGCACUGUGCUGGCCCUUCAGCCCAUCAUGCUGUGCUGACCCUUUAACUUAUUCUCAGAUCAAUCUAGCCCUUCCCUCGCACGUAGCCCUCCAUUUACAUAUCAUCCAUAUGCCUAUCUAAGUGUUCCUUAAAUGUACCUGCUCUGCCACCUCCCCUGGGAGGACGUUCCACACACCCACCAUGUUAAAAAACUUACCUCUGACAUCCUCCCUAUUACAUUCCUCCAAUCACCUUGAAAUUAUGCCCCUCAUAUUUGUCAUUUCCACCCUGAGAAUAAAGUAUCUGGCUGUCCACUGUUUUUAUGCCUCUUAUCAUCUUUUAUAUCUCUUUCAAGUCACCUCUGACCUUGCUUCACUCCAGAAUAAAAAGCCCAAGAUUGCUCAUCCCAUCCUCGAAAGACGUGCUCUCCAACUCAGGCAGCAAGCUAGUAAAUCUCCCCUGCAGCCUCUCUGAAACUUCCACAUCUUUCCUAUAAUGAGGUGAACAGAACUGAGCACAAUAUUCCAGGUGUGGUCUAACCAGUGUUUUACAGAGCUGCAACAUUACCUCAAGGCUGGAGGAAUUCUGAGGGUUGAGCAGCAUCUGUGGGAGAAAGGAAAUGAUGACAUUUCAAGUCCUGAUGCUGGGUUUCAACCCAAUUGACAGUUCCUUUCCUGCACAAUUGCCGCUCAAACCAGUGCUCCUCCAGCAGGUUUAGUGAAGUAACUGGCUGCUUGUCUCACUGUUCGCACCGCACGAACUGGGUGCCCCAUCUCUUGCAUAACAGAUUUAUCUUGGAAUAUUUUUCAUUUGCUGUAAAGACAUCAGGCAUCCCAAAAUGCUGUAUAAGUGCAGGUUUAUUUUUUUAAUUUUAUGAUUAAUGACACUGCUGGAUUUCAUUCUGGCUGCUAAGCUUGGUGUGCAGUUAGUGCUUAUUCAGAGAGGGAAGCUCCUACUAAAUGUGAAGUUUGCCACAUUAACCACGAUGCCAAGGAGGAAGGGAGCCUGCACCAAAUUGCCCCUCAGUGCCCACAGCCCUCUCUGUCUGGGUUCAGGGAAGAAGCAUAGUUAGUCACAGAUCUGUGACCGUUCACUGCAUAAACCCAUUCCCCAAUUUAUUUCCCUGUGACCUUUUUUCAUCCUUCAUAGCUGUAGCACCACUCGCAAUCCCCUCAAUUCUCCUAUCGCCCACCCACCUACAGAUGAGAGGUGGUUUACGUUGACUGGUUAAUUGCCCACUCAUAGCCAAAUACAGAAACAGGCCCUUCACCGCAACUGACCAAGAUUCAUAUCUAAACAAGUCCCAUUUGACUGUAUCUGGCCCAUAUCCCUCUGAACUCUCCCUAUCCAUGUACCUGUCCAAGUACCUUUUAAAUGUUUUACCACUUCUUCUGGCAGCUCAUUCAUAUAUUCACCACCCUCUGGUGGAAAAGCUCCCCUUCAGGUACCUGGUGAGGCUCUACCCCUGUCAGUUUAAACCUAUGCUCCCCUAGUUCUUGAUUCCCAAAUCCUGGAUAUCCCUCGUGAUUUAUACACAAUCUCUAUGAUCACACCCUCAUCUCCUAUGCUCCGAUGAAAACAGUCCCAACUUGCUCGACUGCUGGGUCUGCUAACUGCCCUCGAGUCCCGGCAACAUCUUUCUAAAUUUCCUCAGCACUCUCUUCAGCUUAAUGAUGUCUGGAUGAGCAAAGCGGAAUGCAGUAGUCUGACAAUAAACCGCAGCACCCAAAGGAAUCACAGAUGGUUGCAGAUGAAGCCACCGAACUCCAAGGCCAUUAUUGCACCUGGUUUCCUGGUAGCAUGAGGCAGCAGCACUACCCUCUGCACCACAGGAACCCAUGAACUAUGGGUGUAGAGAUCUUGGAAGACCCGCCAUUGACUCUUGAUAAUGGGCUCAAGGCAUCAGAGAAGAAAAUGGCAGGUAGUAAAGGAGAGGAAGGAGGCUGAGAAACAGGAGGGGCCAUUCAGCCUCCUGUAGCUAUACCACUCCACCACUGGAUCAUCCUCAAUCUGUACCUCAUCUCCGUUUAACCGGCUAGCCUCCAUAUUCAACAAAAAAAUCAUUUUGAUUUGUACAUUUCCAGUGCUUUUGGAGGAGAGAAUUUCAAGUUUCCACUUUGCUUUAUAAACAUUAUCCCAAAUGGCCUCACUGUGAAUGAAAAAAUAGACUCCCUUUCUUUCUGGUUUUUCAGUAGCCAAACACUUUAAUGUCAGUCUCCAUUCCCAUUCUGACAUGUCAGCUGACCGUCACAAUGAGUCCACUCUCAUGUUGGACGAGCUACACCUUAUAUUCCAUCUGGAUAGCCUCCAAACUGAUGACAUGAACAUUGAUUUCUCUAACUUAUGGUAAUUGUUCCCUCUCUUCUCACUACUUCCAUUCCCCCUUGGCUCUGAUCUUACUUCUUCUCCACACCUGCCUGUCACCUCCCCUUGUUGCCUCUCCUCCUUCCACUUCUACCAUGAUCAACACUCCUCUCCUAUCAGAUUCCUUCUUCUUCAGCUCUUUACCUUUUCUAAAUAGCACCUUCCAGCUCUCACUUCAACCUCCAUCACCCACCCCCUUAACUUCCUCGCCUGGCCUCACCUAUCAUCAGCUUCCCCUCAUCCAACCUUCUCCUAGUUAGUCCCUCGUCCUUCCUAGUCCUGAUGAAGACUCUGUGCCCCAAACAUAAAUUCCUUUCCAUAGAUGCUGAGUUCCUCCCGCAUUUUGUAUGUAUUACACUAAAUAUUAAAGUUAUAGGUCAUUUAAGAUAUUAUCAUGUUUGCUGAGGCCUUCAGAGACACAAGAGAUUCUGCAGUUGCUGGAAAUCUUGAGUAACACUCACAAAGUGCUGGAGGAACUCGAAAGGUCAGUCAGCAGCUAUGGAGGGAAAUAAAUAAUUGACGUUAUGGGCCAAGAUUCUUCAUCAGGUCUCAUAACAAAGAGUCAGGGCCUGAACUAUUGACUUUUUAUUUCCCUCUAUAGAUACUGCCUGACCUGCUGAGUUUCUCAAGCAUUUUAUGUGUAUCACUGAGGCCUUUUUUUCAGCAAUACCUUUUUGAGGUUAGCUCCAAACAAAUUGACCUGUGGUUUUCAUCUGUAAAGUGGGAUUAUGGGAUAGAAUAAUGUUAAUGCGUGUCUAAGCACAAUCUUCUUCUUGCUUGUAGUCACCUGAGUGGUGAUGCCAUGCAGCAAGAGAGGGUUUGGGAACACAUGUUUUAUGUAUGUUUAAAUGUAAAGGAAUGUUCAGUGUUGCCCCCUGUUAGUUCAUCAUUUUAAUUUUGAAGCACUUGUUUCAGCUUGUGGCAAUUCAUCUCUUUCCUUCUCCUCUUGUACUGCACCCCUCCCAACCCCUCACUUUGUGAGAUGGUGAGAUCAUUGAGGUAGACCCUCGUACUAGAUGCUUCAGCUUCAAUUUUGGCUUUCACGAUGAAUAUUCGGAAUGUAGGAACAUUCAGAUUAUGGGAAUACAUUGACCAAAUGGAGAUCCUUCAACUAUUUUCAUGAUAAUGUUCAGAAAAAAAUAACUGCUUGAAAAAAAAAUCACUAUACCAUCCAUUGUCCAGACUGAUGGCAGCUUGUUCUCUGUGCUCAAAGUUCAAAGAACAAUUAUUAUCAAAGUAUAUAUACCAUACAACUUUGACAUUCAUCUCCUUUCAGGCAGCCACAAAACAAAGAAACUCAAUAGAACCCAUUGAAAAAAGGAGAGUGUCAAACACCCAAUGUGCAGGGGAAAAAGAAACAAGUUGUGCAAACAAUUGAAGUUCAGCACAGAGAAGAGUAGACCUGGACAGUUAGAUGUGAAAUGGGUUUGUGCAACAUUGCUGUAUAAGGGCCAAAGUCCCCAUUGAUUGGUUUUCAAUUAACACAGUCACUCAGAAUCCUGAGAUGCCAGCUCGGGUGACUUGCAACCGUGGAUGCUUGGGCACAUGACACAGUUUUGUACGAUUGGUCACCUUAUCCAAAGCACAACCUUCUAAACCAUUUAGAAAGCCAGCACUCUUUUCCAUGUUGCCAACAUAUUUUUGGAUUAAAUUCAGAGAAUUUUGAGGAACAAUUAAGCAGAAAAGCAGUUAUGGCUUCUGGAAUUUGCCUCUUGGUGCCGUGUUUUCCCAGCUCAGUUCACAUUCACUUGCUGGAGAUUCCAAGUGAAUUGCAAAGGCUUGCCAGCUCUCUAAAGGCCUCAGAAUUUAAUACAGGCCUGGAAUCUCGCAAUGCCCACACAAUAGGCAGCAACCAAUCAAUGCAAAGGUAUCCAAGUACUGCAGAUCUAAUCUGCAAAAUCCAACUGAAGUUACAAAAUGCCAAUCAUUCCACACCAUCAUGUGUGGGAACUGGAUGACGCAGGUGAGUAACAUCUGCAGUUUUUAACUCUCUGCAGAUCUGUUUGUUUCCUUUCUAUACUGAUUCUGAUGGGGUGAGCACUGUGUUUGAAAGUUCACUCAUUAGGAGAUAGAGCAAUAUACCACAGAAACCAACCCAACUGGUCCAAGCCAACUAUCUACCUAGCUAGGCCCAAUUUUCUGCAUUAUCCCAUUUGUUUCGAUUUUAAAUAGCAAUGAUAACUGUGUACAAUCUAACUCAGUAGCAGGAUAUUUCAUAAGACCUGAACAACCUAUUGUCAUUUAACAAUAUUUAUUUCAGUCAUUCACUUCUGCAUGUGUGCAUCACUUUUCAAACCAGUAAUUUAACGCUUACCCCUAAUCGACCUCUGCUAAGAUAGGCUGAUGUUGGGGCUGAACACUAUAUUAAAGCUGAACAAGUUGAGUUCCUUCCCUGAAUGGUUAACAGUCCUGUACCUUUGUGGUCACAAACGCCCGUAAGUGCAGUGGCACAGACUCACAGCUGCAGGGACCCGGGUUUGAUUCUGACCUCAGCUGCUGUCUGUGUGGAGUUUGAAUGUUUUCGAGGGCAGGGUUUCCUCCAGGUGCUCCUAGUUUCCUCCCCGUGUUCCAAACACGUGUGGGCUGGUAGGUUAACUGACCUGUGUAAAUUUCAUCUGUAUGCAGUUGAGUGGUAGAAUUACAAAGAUGUUGAGGACCUGUGUUAUAGAGAAUUGUUAAAUAGGUUAGGACCUUAUUUCCUGGAGUGCAAGACUAUGGGAGAUCUUACAGAGGUGUAUAAAAUUGAAGGGUAUGGAUAGGGUGAAUGCAUCUGGCUUUUUCCUCCUCAGAUUUUACGAGACAUGUACCAGAGGUCAUGAAGUGAAAGGUGCGGUAUUUAAGGGGAACCUGGGGGUAAACCUCUUUACUCAGGGGAUGGUGAGAGCAUGGAAUGAGCUGCUAGUGAUGGGGAUUCAAUUGUAACAUUUAAGAGAAAUUUGGAUGGGUACAUGGAUGAGUAGGGUAUGGAGGGCAGUGGUCUGGGUGCAGGUAGAUAGGACCACAUUGACAUGGGCAGCAGGGCAUGCUUCUCUACUCCAUGACUUUAAUCUGGUGGGUGAGUUGUAAAUACAUGGAGUAAAAUGGGUUACGGAGGAUUAAUGCAAAUUGAUGACAGAUCAGCUAGCAUUCAGUGGACCAAAGACCUGUUUCCAUGGUGUAGCAUUGACUACUACACAGUUACUGAUAUUAGCUUUUAUUCUGGGAUUUAUUUAAUUAGAAAUGUAAAUCCGCCCACCUGGGACAUCUCCAAAUCAAGAGUCCAAUUGUGUGCUUUUGACUGCAGUACCAUCGUGCCUGUAAUGAGAGGUUCAAGUGCUGAUGUACAUUAAGGGCACUCCAUCCACCUUGGUGUGCAGCAAGAGUCUCAUUCACAUUGCCAUUUGUUAGGUUAAAACCUCUUGCUCAGUGCACAGUGGUUGCAUUUUGAGGAGUCCUCCAUUCUUCCAUAGAAAGAGGAGCAGAUCUCACUCCUGUCCUGCUGUUCUGUAGGACUGGCAACAGAGCAGUAUCUCAGAGCUCUUUACCCACUUUUCUCCACAUCCCUUGGUAUCCUCGUCCUACCCAAUGUCGGCAUCUCCAGUGAUCCGACAUUCACAGCUUUUUGGAAAGGCCAUUCCAGAGUGGGGCACUAAUCCUUGUGAAUAAAUUACUUCCUGAUUUCAUUCCGAAUUAAUUUAAGGAACAUAAGUGACUUUAUGGUAUCACAAAGUGGGUUCUCAUGAAGUAGUUCCCUAAUUCCAAGUUCCAGUCUGGCCAACUUUCACAGUAUCUAUUCCAAGGCCAUUUCAUCCCUCCUGUGGUUUGGUGGCUAAACUUUAAUGGAGAGCUGGAGUGGGGUCCUUAUGAGUUGUUUACUUUAGCAUUGCUUCCCCUUUAACUCCCAUCCCCUGAAGAGCGAUGUUCCACAAACCUUCCCAUUAAAAAACAAGUCAGUAGAUUGGAGACACCAAGAGAGUCAGGUAGCAUCUGUGGAGAGAAAACAGAGUAAGUAUUUCAGGUUGAAGAUCACUUCCUUCCUACAGAUGCUGCUUGGUCAGUUUAUUUCAGAUUUUCAACAUCUGCAGUUUUGUUUUUUAUGAUUUUCAAACUUUUUUAAUUACUUCUGAACCUGAGUGCCAACCUUAGGUAACCUAUGUACAAAGGCUUCCCUCCCCUACAGCUCCAAGUCUCUUAACAUUAAGAAAAUAUUCCAGGUUGUCUUCCUCAGACCCACGGUGAUAAUUCCACACUUCCCUGAUAAAAGAAAACUUGUUAUUUUAUCCAGACACUUGGUCGUCACAUGUCCCUUUGCAACUUCCCCAUUACUAACUGUGUCUCUACUUAUGUGCAAGUAACCAGGAGGAGGGUUGGCCUAUGAGGCGAGCACAUGGCCUGAGUCUAUACUCACCAGAAUCUUCAUCAGGGAGUCUUAUAGAAACAUGCAUAAAAUUGUGAAAAGCAAGAGAUAAGGUAGAGGCAGGAAGGUUGAGUCUGCUGGUAAAUGGGACUACAACUGGGAAGCAGCCUGAAGAUUUGGGGGAAUAGAUUUAGGAUGGAGAUGACAUUUCCCAGAGAGUAGUGAAGAUCUGUGGAAUUCUUUGCUCAGAGAAGCAGAAGAGUUCAAGUUGUAUUUCAUUCAACCAUACAGACGUAUACAGCUAAACAAAAACAACAUUGCUCUUAGACCAAGGUGCAAAACACAUACACACAGCACACAAAAUAAUAUUAACAGAUGUACAAGUUGACAUAAAGUUAAAUAUACAGCAUGCAGUUAAAUAUACACUAGUGUUACUGUUACUGACACUGUCGUAAGUAACGUGUACUGGGUGGUAGCAGGGUGUUCAAAAGUCUCACAGCCUGGGGGAGAGGGGAGAUGCCGUUACCCAGCCUAACAGUUCUUACUCUUAUGCUGUAGUACCCGCUGCCUGAUGGUAGGAGGUCAAUGGGAGGGAUACUUGACAAUGCUGAAUGCAAAUGUGUCAUGGUUGAGGGUGGGUGGGGGGAAGAGAGAGGCUAUCUCAUUAAAUAUAUUUAAUAUAGUAUUAGACAAUUUUUUGCAUAGCAGGGGAUUAAGGGUUGUGGGAAUAGGUAGAUAGAUGGAGCAGAGCCCAAGGCCAUAUCAGCCAUAAAGUUAUUGAAUGACGAAGCAGGCUCAAUGAGCCACUUGGCCAACUCCUGUGUUCUUAUUUGUCUGACACAGUGAAAGGCUGAACUUCAGGACAGAUUGCUGGGGAAGAACACUUGUUCCAUUCUACCUAUCAGAAAACAUUAUUUUUUCUUCUUGAUUCUUUGCCUCCUAAUCCAAACAUGCCAAAAGGCCAUUUUCAGACCUCCUGCACUUAUUUUAUCUAGUAACAGCUAAAAACUAAUCAAUGCACAGAAAAUAUAAUUCUAAUGGUGACCUGCGUACUUUGCACGUCAGCCAAUAGAAUUCAUUCCACUCCAGUUUUAACAAUACACACAGACACCCUAUUCCUGUAUAUACUUGAAGGAUAUUAGUAUUUGGUGUUAUGAGUGCUUCCCGGAGGGCAGAUGUGAAUAUGUUGAAGGAAUGAAACACCAGAAAUGAGUUCUUCUUUCCUGGAGAUCAGCAUAAUUGGAUUAAACUCCCAUAAUUUCUACUCCCUUUUCUGUAAUGUCCUCAUUCCUACCUAGAUUAGCAAAAUCAAAUCUGAUGGGAGGAAGGACAGUGUUUGAUUGUGGGAUGUGUCAGUAGCCACCCCUGUAUGUUUAUGCUUCUCAUGCAUCUGAAGGUGUAGACAUCUCCUGGUGCAAAAGGAACCCUUCCUUCCAAGUUAGUUGUCACUAAACGUCUCCAUUCAGCUUUGAAACAGAGGCAAGGCUCAAGUGAGACAACUACUGGCAAACAUCUUGACUGCAAAAUGCAACAUCUGCGUUACUUGUAUGAAGGUGGGCUCUUUCUAAUCUUUUCCAUUUUGUUCAGAACUUUUACCAAGUCCUUUGAAAUACUACAAAGCAUCUAAUCCAAACUUAAUCAUGACAUAUCACGGAACUUUUCAAAAAACCCGCCAAAAUCAACUGUUGAGUAAGAGGCAAUGAACAAGCUUGUGAAUUAGAUUGUCCGCACCUUCCUACCCCCUUACCCUCUGACCCACACUUGGGCACUCUGAUCACAGCCCUGAAGCCAACCACAGAAUUCCAUCAGGUUGCUCAUUUAAAGAGAACCAAUUGUGAAAGAUCUCCCGGUCAUUGGGUCUGUUGAUUUGGGUAAUGCAACCAGGGGAAGAUCAAAAUCAGUGAAGCCAAAAUUGUGACUUUUUCUCAUUCUGUUCUAAGACUUUGACUUUAUUGUGAUGUUUGAGUACAUUCUUUUCUGUCUGUGUAAAUAAUAACUUUGGGAAACACUUGCUUUAUGUCUUGUGUGGCUCCUGCUGUGCUUUCUUUUUCCUGAGGUUUUGUAAAUUAAUUUCCUACAGUACUGGUUCUGUAUUAUUAAUAAUAAUAAAGAUGUUUGACACUGA